AUGUUCCCCACCAUCCAGAGCUGGAAGCGCGGCGAGCUGGCACCCCAGGAGUACCACACCUUCCGGGACGGGCUCUGGCACCCCGUCGAAGCGCGGGAAUCGACAAUACCGGCGGCGGGGGCCACAGCGCCGCGGUCGCUCCAGUUCGCCGUGCUGUCCUGGAACAUCGACUUCAUGCGGCCCGAGGACGACGCGCGGAUGGCCUCGGCGCUGAAGCACCUGCGCGGCCUCGUCGCCGGCAAGCCCGUCCCCAGCGUCAUCAUGCUCAACGAGAUGACCAAGUCCGACCUCAACCUCAUCAAGCAGGCCGCCUGGGUGCGCGAGGGCUACAACAUCACCGACGCCAACACCGACCACUGGGAGUCGGCCAGCUACGGAACGUGCAUGCUCCUCCCGCGGACCCUCCCCCUCACCACCAUCUCGCGGCUGCACUACCCCAACACGUCCAUGGCGCGCGACGGGCUGUUCGCCGACGUGGCGCUCCCAGGGGGGCGGGCGCUGCGCCUGUGCACGACUCACCUCGAGUCGCUGCGCGUAGACCCCCCGCGCCGGCCGGCCCAGCUCGCCGCCGCCGCCCUCCACCUGCGCCAGGCUCAUGCGGGUAUCCUGGGUGGGGAUCUGAAUGCUAUCCAGGAGUUUGAUGAGGGCUUGCCUGGGGAGUGCGGGUUGAGGGAUGCGUAUCUGGAGGGCGGUGGGAGGGAGGGGGAUGAGGAAGGGAUGACUUGGGGAUAUCAGUCUGGGUCAGGGCAGAGAGAACGGUAUGGACUGGGCAGGUUAGAUAAGAUUCUCUUUUGUGGCGGGGCGUUGAAGUUGCUGGCGUUUGAGAGGUUCGGGAUGGGCGUUUUGGUCGAGGACGAGGGGGCCGCAUCGCGGUUGGUGUACGGCGAUCUGGAAAAAGCCUGGGUUACGGACCAUUUGGGGGUGAGGGCCGAGUUUCGGGUGGAAGUGCCCGAGGAAAAAGAGGGUGCGGCAGAAGUGCAGGACGGGGAAACCCCGAUUGUCGAGGAAACACCAGCUCAGGUCAAGACUCGGGAAGAGGGCUCAGAAACGAAAGCGGAAAAGAGCCCAGACACGCAGGAGCCGGCCCCGUCGACCUCAAGUUAA